ACCGAGGCCUCGGGCCGGGGCCCCCGCUCCGCUCCGCCGCCGCCCAUGUGGCUGCAGCAGCGGCUGAAGGGGCUGCCGGGGCUGCUGUCCAGCAGCUGGGCGCGGCGGCUGCUGCUGCUCCUGGCCCUGCUGCUCGUCGCCUACUGGUACCUGGGCGCGGCGCGGGCGCGGCGGGGAGCCGGGCGGGGGGCCGAGCCCCACGGUGCCGCCGCUCUGUGCCUGCAGGCGGCCACGGGCUCCUGGCGGGCGCAGGCCGAGCGCGGAGAUGCCCUCCCGCUGCCGGAGGAAGCGCUGGGGGACGACGGGCCGGGGCCGGGCCUGGCGCUGGCGGGUAACGGCUUCCUGCUGCUGGACGUGGCCGCCGGCCGCCUCUGGGUGUCGGCGGCGGGGUCCGGCUCCGGCCCCGCGCUCGCCACCGAGUACCCGGCGCUGGUGCGGCUGAGGGCGCUGGGCGGGCGCGGCGAAGCGAGGGCGGCGCUGGCGGCGCUGCGGGACGGUGCCGUGCGGAGGGUGCGCUGCGUGCAGACGGGGCCCGGGGCUGGAGCCGGGGACUGCGUGACGGUGUGGGAGGAGGUGGUGGCCCACCGGAGCCGGCCGCACCUCUACCUGCAGCGCAUCCGCAUUGCCAACCCCACCGAGAGGGUGGCUGCCUUCGAGGCCUCGGCCCCGGCUUCUGCCCCCUCGCUGGGCAGCCGCUUCGCCACCAGCCUGGAGAAGGCGGAGGAGCGGCAGUUCCUGCUCUCCUCCGGUCGCCUGCUGCUGCCCGGGAGCCCCAAGGUGGUGCUUAUGGUGGUGGCUGCCAAGAAGCUGGUGAGCCGGGUGCAGGUUGCGCCCAAAUCCCACUUUGAUGAAACGGUGCUCUCGGUGGUGUACACCUCAGAGCCCAUCGAGGUCUCCAGGCUGGAGGAGACCUUCAGCAAGCUGAAGGAGUCAGCCAAGAAAGAGAUGCUGGAGGUGAUGCAGAUGGGGGUGGAAGAUCUUUUCCAGGAGCACCAACAGACUUGGUCUGACCUGUUCAUUUCAGGGGUUGAAAUGAGAAAGAUCACAGAUGCACAUACACCAUCCAGUGAGACUGUUAACAUGACCCUCUACUACAUGCUGUCAAGCAUGCCAGCUCCUCUGCUGGAUCCACUCAUCAGUGGUGAGGACAGAGAGAAAAUGGAAGCCAGCUUGAACUAUGCUGACCACUGCUUCAGUGGCCAUGCGACCAUGCACGCAGAGAACCUGUGGCCAGCAAAGCUGACCAGCGUCACCCAGGUCUUGCAGCUCUCAGACCUGUGGAAACUCACUCUCCAGAAACGAGGAUGCAAGGGUCUUGUAGCAGCUGGUGUCCAUGGACUUAUGCAGGGAAUGGUGCUUAGUUUUGGGGGUCUGCAGUUCACAGAAAACCAUCUUCAGUUUCAGGCUGACCCCGAUGUACUCCAUAACAGCUAUUCCUUACGUGGGAUCCAUUACAAUAAGGACUUGAUUAAUCUAGCUGUUCUGUUGGAUGCUGAAGGAAAGCCCUUCUUGCACGUGUCUGUGAAAUUCCAGGACAAGCCAGUGAAACUGUAUGCGUGUGAGGCAGGCUGUAUGAAUGAGCCUGUGGAGCUGACCUCAGAGGCACGAGGCCACACAUUCCCCGUCAUGGUGACUCAACCCAUCACACCACUGCUUUAUAUAUCAACAGAUCUGAUCCACUUGCAGGACCUGAGACACACACUCCAUCUAAAAGCUAUUCUGGCUCACGAGGAACACAUGGCCAAGCAAUACCCAGGCUUACCCUUCCUUUUCUGGUUCAGUGUGGCCUCCUUAAUCACACUGUUUCACUUGUUUCUGUUCAAACUCAUCUACAAUGAAUAUUGCGGGCCAGGAGCCAAGCCACUCUUCAGGAGUAAGGUAUAAGGCUGCUGCUUUUGGCUGCUGUCCACUGAGUGUUGUCCACCUGAUUUUCUGUCAGCUGUGCCUAGGGAGGUUCUGUCUUGGACUGUGAGGAUUUUCAGUCUCUAUUGCAACAAGUGAUCUGUGACCUCUUCUUGCAAGAAGUAAGAUUAGGGCAGGGAUUAGAGCAGUAGAGCUCACAAACAUUAGGAAAGAUAUCCUGCUUGUCCUUCUUAAACAUUGGUAAGGCUGCAGAUCAAGACAGACACAGCUUUUUUUGUCCUUUUUCCAUACAUCAGUGUAGGACAUUGCUUGUUUUUAAGCCAACAGUUGCAGCUGUGUCAUGAGGUGAUGUUUUUUAUUAUGCAGUACAGGAGUGCUUGUGAGAGAGCUGCUAUACUUGUCUUUACUACUGUGUGGGAGAUGUGCAGGCUUUUCUGCCUAGUUUGAACGUGUGAAGUGUCAUACAAGAACAUAGAAGACACAAGCUGGUGUUCUUGGGUGAAAGUGCUGACCUGUUGGGACUCGUGGUAAAUGUUCACAGAUUCAUAGACACUGUGAAGUCCGCCAUCAAACUGCAUUUACCACCAUCAUUUUGGGAAGGUGCUGAGUUAGUGUUUCUCCCAUUCAGAUGAAAUACGUAGCUGUGUUAAGAAGAGUACUGAGUGCUUUUUACUGUGAGUUUGAGGUUCUGACUUCAAGCUCUACUGCAUCUCCUUUUGGUGUAAAGAAUUGGAAAUUCUUGGUUUGAGUUGCCUUAGAAAACAUAGUUGCUAGUAAAAACUUAGUACAAAAUAGACAAUAGAUGGUGAAUUCUGCUCCAAAAAAUUAACUAGAGCUGUCAGAGAAAAGGUCUUGCUUUAAAUUGCCCUGUUUUUUCCAAAUUCUAAAAGCAGAUCCAGUUUUGAUAGCUGAAGUUGGACAGAAGGUACUGAACUAAACUUGACUGUCGGUACAUAAAAGGGUGUUUUAAAGUGAGCUGUCUGUUUUCCUCUCAGCUAACUGGCUUUGUCACAUUGAGCACUAGAGAUCAGGCCAGACUCCAGGCAUGUCUGAAUACGUAUCACGCAUAGAAAGAUUGAGAAGAGGCUUGUGGCUAGACAAACCUAGGAAGAGGUAGGGUAGAUAUGUGUAUCAAGUACAACUGCAUGUACAAGCCUGUGAUUGUGAUCAAAACCUUAAUGCAAGAGGAAGGAAGUGGUCAGGAAGUAAUUCCAAUUAUUGUGUAUUCAGCUGUGCCCUGCCACGCAUCCCAAAAUGUGUCCUUGAAUUUAUGUCUUUUUGUCACUGCUGUCUAUCUGGUUGCCUUUGUCAUACACAGACUUGCCUUCUGCCUUUACAAAGUGACUUGUUAACCAUUACUGCAGGUAACUGUCCCUGACACUAUUCUCUGAAAUGCCGGGAAGCUUCUCAGCUACACACCAGGGCUGAUGUAACACCUCUUCCUUCUUGACACUGCUUUGCAGUGUACAGCAGACACAGCUGUUGCCUCAUCUUAAGUGGACCUUCUUAAAAUGAAGAUGAUGUCCAUCUUGAUUCCAGAAGCAGGGGUGAAGGGGAAGGCUUCAGCUGAAGCUCAGCUCUCUGCAGCAGUAAGCAAGAUGAAUGGGGUGUUCAAAUAACACCCUGUUAGUAAUUGAAUGGGAACAUCCCAGUGUCCAAAUGAACUUAGUCCUGCUUUCCGCCUCCAUUUGCACAGACACCCGACAAUUUUGCAGCUGAGAACAAGGACCUUUUGAAAGCAACAAUCCCUUUGUGCCUUGUUAAGAGAGGAGCCUGAGACUUGGAAGGUGUGGUUAUUCAAGAGUUCAUCCCAGAAGCUUGUGUAACAGAUGUUUCUUUUUCCUUGUAAGCUUGUUCCCUUCCCCAAGAGAAACCCAGCUGGUGAAAAUACUUGAAGAUACAUUGAGUCCUUUGAACUCUUGAUUUGUUUCUUAAUUUUACAGGAAAAUAAAGAAUGAUGAUUCCAUUCACAGAGUUAACAACUAGAAAACUUCAGUGCAGCUUCCUUUCUGAUAUACAUUUCUUAACUUAUUGCUGGGGAGGUGGGAGGAUGUUAAUAAAAUCCACUUCAGUAACGAGUCAGUCAACUGAACCAUUGAUAUCCAAGUACUGGUAACAGGUUUUUCAGCCUUUUUGACUGUAGAGUGCAAAACCAAUUGAAUGAAAUUGUUUUCUGGCUUUACACUUGGAAAUCUUGAUCUGCAGGUUUCCUGUUCUAAGCAUACUGAGGCUCUUUGUGCAUUGGUUUGUUUUGGUUGCGGGGAGGGGGGACACCACAUCCCACUUUCUACUGAUUUAAAGGUCUUUUGGUUUUAAAAUACCAAAGCUGUUGUUUCUAAAUAAAGAUCUGUCAGUCUAAUCUGA